AUGGAGCAAAAAAACAAUGAAAUGGAGAUGAUUAAUGACGAGGAGAUCAAAACUGCGGGACAACCAUUUGUACGAUUGAUAUCUUUAGCAGCUCAGAAAUUCAUAUCUGAGAUAGCUAAUGACGCGCUUCAGCACUGCAAAACACGGGGCGCAAAUCAGAACACUAAAUCAAAAGGAAAAGAUCGCAGAUACACCCUUACGAUGGAGGAUCUAAUUCCUGCUGUUGCGGAAUACGGAAUCGUGGUCAAAAAGCCUCAUUACUUUGUAUAA